GCAGAGUUUCCCAAAAUGUGCGAAAACUUUGACACCUCCUACGAAUAUUCUCAUAUAAACAGGUGGAAUUAUUUACACUUGAUGUUCAGGUGAUUCGAAACAAUUAGAGUAGAAAUGCAAGUAACGACGCCUCAAAUCAUUCCAUUUCCACCGUUACUUACUGUGGAUUCAGAAAAGGCAUCGCACUACGAGAACAAUGCGCAAUAUGUGGAAAAAUGCAUCCAAUACUUGCUGAACGGAUCACAACCUACACAAAUUGAAUACAGUCAGACCAGCUACUCUUCACAUCGCAUCCCAAUUGUGCGAGACCUCAUGAUAAGCCACUGCACGUUGUUCUCAAUCAUUGGAGUUAUAUUCAAUAUGGGUCUCAUGUGUGCUUUGCUGAAGUACCACAGACAAACCUUGAAAGACAACAUCACUAACUUGUUCGUCUUCUGUUUGUCUGUAUCGGAUAUAUUUUUGUGCUCGGUUAGUAUGCCUGUACAAAUGUUCUACGAGAUCAACGAACACCAGUUGGCCAGCAGCGGUCUAUGUCGAGUCCUUUUUGCUGGCUUCGGUCUGCCACUCAGCAUUUCCUGCCUCACUAUCUUAUUGAUCGCGUUCGAUCGCUAUCGUAUGAUUGUUCAUCCAAUGAAAAUACAAAUUUCCAACCAUAUUGCAAUGAGCCUGAUUGGCUGUGUGAUAUUAUUUGGUGGUUUAAUUUCCAUUCCAGUGGCUUUACACGUGGAUAUUGAUAUACACAGUGGAUUCGCCUAUUGCGUAGAAAAGUGGCCAAGUGCACGUCUACGUCUAGCCUAUUCCGUGUUUGUUUUUAUCGCGUGUUUCGCUCUCCCACUGUCUGCUUCUGGAGGAUUCUAUCUGGCGAUCUACUGCCGACUAGCGAAACAGUCUACACAACUGGGGUUCCGUAAAGAAACCGAGCGACGAAAACGACGCACCACCAGCCUGUUGGUCUUGACGGUUGUGUGUUUCGCACUAUGUUGGACGCCAUGGUGUCUGUACUCGCUGCUGUUAGAAAUCGAAUCAAUGUUGAGGAGCCAUAUACAGGAGACAAGAGCAGGAGAUCCACUAUCAAUCAGUGGCGAACUUUGUCAGGCCUUGCUCUUAAUGUCAGAUCAGGCACUACAACAAACACUGACUCAUAGUGCGAAACCUCGAAGUGAUGAGGAUGAACAAUUGUCAGGCAUGGCUCGUGGGAUUAUCAUACCGGCGAGGCACACUAAACUUAUCGAUCUUUUGUGUAAAAUGAUUGCUAUGGGCUCGACCUGCGUAAAUCCGUUCAUUUAUGGAUGCCUAAAUGAGCCCAUUCAGCUGGCAAUGCGAAGGCAAUACGGACGCCUGACAGCGUGUUUGAGAAGAGGAUCGACUCGAGGCACACUUAGUAGUACGACAGCGAGCAAAGGGGGCAGGAAAGCACAAGCAGUCGACGGUAUGGAAAUGCCAAGUAUUGGCGUGACUACAGUACAACUGAUCAAUUGCACAGGUGAUGGAAAGUCUGAAAACUGUGCUCUUAACGCAGACAACGGGGGCUCCCCAGACAACUUCGCAGUAGUCCACGCGGUCAAAAUAUCCCCGUCGCCAGAUACAUCACAAGAACCCAAUUACACCUGUCCAACGUGA